UAGCCAUUUGGGAGGGAGAACUCUAUGUUCCGCCGUGCGUGAACGUCAGCGUCUGAGCCCCCGUGCUGACUCCCUGGAAGGCAACGCUUCCCUUUGGAGAGACGCACGUGUCUUGUCCUAGAGCUGAUGCGGAGUGGUGCGAAAUCGUCCUGGGGAGGCUGACCUGCUGUGUGACCUGCUCAGCCCCUCUCCCGUUUCCAGAUCCGUGGUCAGGAUCCUAGAGCCUUCUGACCUUAUGACUCCGAGUCAUGGGAAUGGAUACUGCAGUUAACGAGGCGGCCGAGUGGGGUGCAGAGGCUCGGGCAGCAUGACGACGGAGACCUUUGUGAAGGAUAUCAAGCCUGGGCUCAAGAAUCUGAACCUUAUCUUCAUUGUGCUGGAGACAGGCCGAGUGACCAAGACAAAGGACGGGCACGAGGUUCGGACCUGCAAAGUGGCAGACAAAACGGGCAGCAUCAAUAUCUCCGUCUGGGAUGACGUGGGCAACCUGAUCCAGCCUGGGGACAUUAUCCGGCUCACCAAAGGGUACGCUUCAGUGUUCAAAGGUUGUCUGACACUGUACACUGGCCGUGGGGGUGAUCUGCAGAAGAUUGGGGAAUUCUGUAUGGUUUAUUCUGAGGUUCCUAACUUCAGUGAGCCAAACCCAGAGUACAGCACCCAGCAGGCACCCAACAAAGUGGUGCAGAACGACAGCAGCCCUACGGCUCCCCAGCCUACCACUGGACCCCCCACCGCUUCUCCAGCGUCUGAGAGCCAGAACGGGAAUGGACUGAGUGCUCCACCAGGUCCUGGUGGUGGCCCGCAUCCCCCUCACACUCCCUCCCACCCCCCUAGCACCCGAAUCACUCGAAGCCAGCCCAACCACACACCUGCAGGCCCUCCUGGCCCCUCCAGCAACCCUGUUAGUAACGGCAAAGAAACCCGCAGGAGCAGCAAGAGAUAGCAAGACAUUCUUCCUCUCUUCCUGCCACCAACCAUAUCCAAGUGUCUCUGCCAGAGAGCAAGACAGCCUUCUUACUGGGCUGCUGGCUUUGGGACUGGGGUAGGGGGAGCAGUAUUUUAGCCACUAAACUUUACUGGAGGGGUGGUGAGCAGUGGCCUUAUCCACUCAGCUAAAGCUGCCUGUCCCCUGGGAUUCAGGACCCUCUGCCUGCCUUCCUUCCGCUUCAGAAACAACAGUUACAAUCUGUUUCUUCUGUGUGUGAAAUGGGGGUUUAAUUGAAACCCUCCUUCCUAAUAAAUGUUACCACUCUGGA